AGUCUGAGGUCUGCAUAAUAUUAACAUGUUAUUACCAGAGGUGUUUUAGAUAUUGAUCCUGUAUUCGGUGGUAGUUAAACUCACUCCCCCACCUCACAGGUCCAUACCUGCUUUUCUAAAUUAAUAAGACAAGUAACAGGAAAUUUUGUAAAAAUGCCCAAGAGGAAGUCACCCGAAGGAGCUGAGGCCAAAGAUGCCACCAAAGUCACAAAGCAAGAGCCCACUCGGAGGUCAGAGCGUCUUUCCUCAAAACCAGCUCCUCCUAAACCUGAACCAAAAGCCAAAAAACCAGCUGCCAAGAAGCCAUCCAAUGACAAAGCGGUGAAGGAGAAGAAGGGCGGAGCCAAAGGAAAGAAAGAGGAGAAAGAAUCUGCGCCCACUGCUAAUGGAGAGACCAAGCCAGAGGAGGAAACUGAGCCCAAGGCCGAGGCUGAGGAGAAAGAGUGAUUGAAGUUGUUUUCUGGAAUAACAAAGAACAUUUUUUAUUCCUAUUGAGUAUUUUGUAAAAUGCAAACUUUUUUUAGACUUACCGUACUAGAUUUCCUUAGCUAAAAGUUGACUCACACUCCCCGCUGAAGCACCGUACCUGUCUCCUUCUCUUUCAUCUGACAAGAAGGAUAGAUUCAUUUCAAGGAAAAGCAACAGUUAUUCUUGAAAAUUUCACCAGCAGCUCGCCUGCCAAAUGCAGCCACUUGUCACAUGUUAAAAGCAACCAGUUCAUCUUUUGCCACCAGAGCGCAUAUCCUUAGCUCCAUGUAUAUGGCUACUAAGGUAUAAUUCUUUGGUGUGUAUUGUCUUUGAGUCUUGUUAUUUAAUUGGUUAAAUAUCAUAGGAGAAAGAUACAGAAGGAGGGAGCAAAUGGGGACGAGAGACUUAAGUAGUAACCCUUUGCUUUUUUUUUUAUCUUCUUUGUAGCAUUUUGAGAUUCAAGUGUGUUCUUUUAAAAUUGCUGAAUUAAACAUGACCCUUAACAGUGGCAGUUAUCCAUAGCAAUAAACAAGUGGUGCUUUGUGCUAGAAGGUUAGGAAAACUCUACAAGAACUGAAUCUCAGAAAGAUGUACAAGUCCACAGAACUGGUUUGAGAUACUCUCUGUAAAAUGUUUUCAAAUAAAAGAUGAAUAAACGGUC